AUGGUGGCGGACACAGUGGCUCAUCUCCUGCAGGCAGGACCUCCUGGAUCUGGUGCACAGGUCUUAGAGUGCAAUCCUGGGCCUAGAAUGAUUACCAGUGCAUUGCUCCAUGCUGGUUUACAGAUGAUUGCACUUGAAAGAGACCCAACUUUUCUUCCAUAUUUAGAGUCCCUAAAAAACCAUCUUAAUGGACAACUAGAAGUAAUCUACUGUGACUUCUUCAAUCGAGAUCCCACAACACCACCACCUCCUUUGUUUACAGAAACACUUUUCAAGAAUUUUGGAAUAAGAGAAAUUCCAUGGGAAGCAGAUGUUCCUGAAAAGAUAGUUGGCUUUUUUCCAGCUAAAAAUGAAAGAAGUGUACUUUGGAAAUUUUUAUAUGACCUCUACUCUUGUAGUUCCAUAUAUGACUAUGGACGAAUAGAAUUGAAUAUGUUUAUUAGUGAAAAAGAAUACAAGAAAAUAAUUUCAAAGCCUGAUGAAAAAAUUUAUCAACCCCUAAGUGUAUUCUGUCAAACAGUUUAGGAGAUAAAGCUUCUAUAUAUGGAGCCUUUAUCAUCAUUUGUAACCUUCAAAAGUGGAAAAUUCUAAUCAUUCAAGAGCAAGGAAUCAAAAAAUAAGCACCUGAACUUUAUUCGAUUUACUCCUCAAGGAAAUUUAUUUACAAAUAAUUUGAUACCUAUGAAUUCAUGUAAUUUUAUAUACCUGGUUAAACAGUGUUUUACCAAGCGCAAAUAUAAAUUAAUUGAUUUAUUUAACUCAUGGUCUAUAUG